CAAUUUUCAAGAAAUUCUAUCAUAUAAUGGUGAUAAAUAUCAUGUAACUGUCCAAGAUAACAAUGAUCUUGAACCUGAAAUUGAAGAAAUUAUCGAAACUGGUCAAGCUUUAAUGCCAUUAAAAAGAAAAUCUGAAGAAAUCAAGAAUUCUACUAAAAAACAAAAACAGGAAAAAUUUAUAAUCGAUAGUAUUGAAUUAGAUAAAGAUAGUAAUAUUAGUAUCAAUAAUGUUAUUAAUAUUUCUGGCAAAU